UCGUCCUAAAGUAAUCAAUAAGGCGACUGUACCACUUCAUCUACGCUCUAAUCUGUCCACUAAAAUUGUCCCAGCUAGUUGCCGAUAAUUUACGGAAAUGCUCAGUUUGUCAAUCCGUGAGGUCGCCCUUCGGCUGCGGGAUGGCCGUCUUUCCGCCACUGAGCUGUGUUCUAGAUGUAUAGAGAGGGCAAGGCGCUGCAAAGAACUGAAUGCUUUCGUUACAGAGCGCUUUGAUGAAGUACUAGGAGAUGCAAAGAAAAUCCAUGAAAAAAUAUCUAAAGGUACAACAAUUGGUACGUUAGGUGGGAUACCCAUAGCCGUCAAAGACAACUACAGCACAGCAGGGCUCAGAACAACUUGUGGUUCAAAAAUGUUGUGGAAUUACAAGCCACCUUUCACAGCUACAGUUGUACAGAGACUUGAAGAUGAGGGCGCAAUCACAAUGGGCAAAACCAACCUAGAUGAGUUUGCCAUGGGGAGUGGAACUACUGAAAGUUUGUUUGGACCAACACGCAAUAUAUGGAGAUACCCCUUCCAUAGGGUACAGAAACGUCUUUCUCAGACUGCUGGAGGAAAGUACAGCUCAGAAGGUGAUGUUCAUGAGUCCGUUGCUGAUUCAGAUUGGUUUGUGAGUGGAGGGAGCUCAGGAGGUAGUGGUGUCGCUGUAGCAAGUGGCUCAUGUAUGGCAGCCCUUGGGUCCGACACAGGAGGCUCUGUCCGUCUUCCAGCAUCCUUCUGUGGUGUAGUCGGUCUCAAGCCUACCUAUGGUCUCUGCUCAAGACAUGGUCUGAUAUCUCUGGUCAAUUCACUGGACGUCCCUGGUAUCUUCACCAAGACUGUCGAUGAUACAGCCACUGUAUUAGGUGCUAUGGCAGGUCAUGACCCGAUGGACUCUACCACGGUAACAGAUCCAUUCACACCCUUUACGUUGCCAGAUGAGAUCGAUGUGAAAGGGCUUCAUAUAGGUAUACCACAAGAGUACCAUGCCCCAGGACUGAGUGCAGAUGUUUUACUAGCCUGGUCCAAUGCUGCCAAUCUAUUUGAAAAUGCAGGGGCUAAAGUAAGCCCAAUAUCUCUCCCUCACACACAGUACUCCAUAGCUGUCUAUUCUGUUCUGAACACUGUAGAAGUAGCAUCUAAUAUGGCCAGAUAUGAUGGCAUAGAAUACGGUAAGUCCCCUCUUUUUUAAAUGAGGUAAACAAAGAAAAGAUCUUUU